AUGUGUACCAGCGAAGUGGUUCAAGGACUUGCUAUUAUUGGGGAGAAUGGGCGCCGGUUAAUAGGAAGCCCGCUUACUAUAUCAAAGGCAGAGGAAGACAUGGAGAAAAGAAUGUUUGAAAAGGCAAAGGAAGCGGACGACUCCAUCAUUCUCUUUGAGGACAGGGUAGUUCUGUACAAGAUCGUAGGAGACAUAUGCAUUAUGCUGUAUGCGUCUAUAAACGAGAACGAAAUUGCGCUCUCCAACGCGCUGGAUGCUUUCUAUACUGCAGCCAUAAAAACAAUAAACGGGCCUCUGACGCAGAAGUCCGUUGAAAAGCACUACGACGAGAUGUUUCUGCUUAUAGACGCGUUUAUAUACAAGACCCUGAUUGUGACGGACAGCUCUGCAGACCUUGCUGCUUCAAUACACACAAGAACGUUUGAAGGGCUGGAGUCCAUUCAGAUGCCCUCUAAGCUGUCCAGCGCUCUGAAGAAGGCGCAGAAGUCGUUUGCCUCUUCCUGGUUCAGAAAGUAA